UCUAUGGUACAUACAGUACACAACCCUCAGUCAACGAUGGCUGCGCCAGCACGACCGCGCAUGCCUGAAGGAAUGCUGAAAACAUUAGCUUUUCGGGACGACGACAGACCCAACACAGCAGUCAUUCUUGUUUACCCGUUGUUAACAAAGUAAUACUAGUUGAGCGUGAGUGAACGAAUGCUUUUGCGGUCGUUGUGUGGGUCUGUGUGUGAGCGAGGCGAUGUCCAUUUGCGCGUGUGUUUGUGUGGCUAGCUGAAUGCAGUUUCCUCUAUUUUUCGGUAGACUUGUAGUCUGUGCAUCGGAUAGCAAAUCGCAAGUUCCCACCGCGCUACUACUGGACUUUUAAGCUUUCUUGACACGGAGUCCAACUAUGUCGGCGAAUAAAACAAAGAAAGUAAAAAUGGCUACUAAAUCAUGCCCGGAUUGUGACCAACAGAUUCCAGUUGCGUGCAAGUCUUGCACGUGUGGCUUUAUAUUUAUUAGCCGGAAGCUGCUCAGUGCAAAGCCAAAUGAUCGUCCAUCUUCAGCAAUAGCAGAAAAGUUGGACCCAAAACGGAGAAGAACGGAGCGCAUCCGUCGAGAUCACAUCGACUCCCCCAUGGUGAACGAUUUGGAGAACAGGAGACACUCCCGCUCCAACAGCCAGUCAGACCCCAUCCGCAGGGGGCGUGGAAGACCCAAGACGGUCGGCCUCAAAAAACCCGAAGAAGAGAAAGAAAAACAGGAGAAGGAAGUGGACAUCUAUGCAAAUCUCUCAGACGAGAAGGCUUUUGUGUUCUCGGUGGCGUUGGCUGAAAUCAACCGCAAGAUCCUGGGUCAGAGGCUGAUAUUAUAGACGCCACUGCAAUAUACAGAGCACUUUGAAUAAGUAACCUGUAAAACAUUGAGAGGAGA